CCUCGAUAUCAGUCAGUCCUUGAAGCCAGGACAAGCCGAAGCGGAGAAUCAUCGACACGACGACCUCUUCACUUACACACGUCACGGAAGAGAUUAGCACACCAUGGCGAAAAUCACAUCAGUCCGGUAUUACCGCGUGAAGCCUCGCUGGCUCAUGGUCAAGAUCACCGACGAGGAUGGUGAGUACGGCUGGGGUGAGGCCACGCUGGAAGGACACGACCUAGCUGUCGAGGGAAGUCUCGAGGAGAUGAUUCCCAGGAUAGUUGGCCUGGAAGCAAACAACAUCGAGCACAUCUGGCAAACGUUCUGGAGACACGGGUUCUACCGAGGAGGCCCGGUGUUCAUGUCAGCAAUGUCCGGUAUCGAUAUUGCAUUGUGGGAUUUGAAAGGACGCAAGUUGAAGGUACCCAUCUAUGAGCUGUUGGGCGGCCAAGUGCGCGACAAGGUGCAGGUGUACUGCUGGAUCGGUGGCGACAGGCCAUCAGACGUCGAAGCAGCGGCCAAGAAGCGUAUCGAGCAGGGCUUGACGUGCGUCAAAAUGAACGCAACCGAGGACAUGAACUGGGUCGACUCGCCAAAGGUUCUCAAGGCCACGGUCGAGCGCAUCAAGCAGGUCAAGGCCCUCGGCCUCGACGUUGGCCUCGACUUCCACGGUCGGCUGCACAAGGCCAUGGCCAAGCAGCUCGCGCGCGCGCUGGAGCCCCACGAGCCGCUCUUCAUCGAGGAGCCGCUGCUGUGCGAGCACCCAGAGGCCAUCAAGCAGCUGGCGAACCAGACGACGAUCCCCAUCGCCUUUGGCGAGCGGCUGUACACGAGGUGGGACAUCAAGCGGUUCCUCGAGGACGCGAGCGUCGACAUCCUGCAGCCGGACAUCGCGCACGCCGGGGGCAUCUCCGAGACGAAGCGGAUCGCCACCAUGGCCGAGGCGUACGACGUGGCCAUCGCGCCGCACUGCCCGCUCGGCCCUGUCGCGUUCGCGGCGAGCGUGCAGGUCGCGCUGUCGUCGCCCAACUUCUCCAUCCUCGAGAUGAGCCUGGGCAUGCACUACAACACCGAGGCCGGUGACAUUGAUCUGUUGACGUACCUGAAGAACCCCAGCGUGUUUGACAUCGAAGGGGGCUACGUCAGGGCGCCGACGGGGUACGGUCUGGGCAUCGAGAUCGACGAGGACAUGGUCGUCAAGAUCUCCAAGGAGACGGAGCCGUGGCAGUGCAAGGUCUUCCACGGCCCUGAUGGGAGCAUCCGGGAGUGGUAGUCAAAAGAGACGGAGUCCGGUAGACUGUGAUUUCUACGAGUAUCACAGUAAAGGCCAUGUAAUCAACCCAGAAUGAGGUCUUGUAGGGCAAAUUUGAGUCAAUGGAUUUAUACGCGAGGGAUUUCAACAACAUGAAUACAAAUGGUCUGCCACAGACCUAUGGACUUGUGAUGUAUGAAAUAUCGGGCGGGAUGUCAUC